ACGGGAAGUGCACGGUGCGGUGUGGCUGAUAAGCGUUCGCAAAUCGUACAGUUUGUCCCGUGCGUGCGAGAUAGUGCAUGGCAUCUCUUGUGCACGAGACGGAUGGGUUCCAUUCAUCGGCGGCUUAUUCGGUGCGCAAGUUUGUGUGUGCGUGUGUGUGCGUGAACACGAGCAAUCGGUUUGCAUGUAGUGGUGUCAACAUGACAGGCGAAUAGGAAGCGCGAAGAAGAAAACAUAACGUAAACGAGACUCUCGCGACAACGACGUGCAAAGAAGCAGAAGUGAUGAUUAUUCGAUAAAAGCAAUCGAAAUAGAAACAGAAAAGCAAAGUGAAGCGAAAAAGUGUACGGUUUGACGAUUACGAGCAGGAACAAAUAUUGCGUUCCUGUGUUACAUUGUGUGAGCAAUCCUGCGCGAGUGAUCCUUUUUUUUGGCGGCAGCCUUUGCAUCCCUGUAAAACGGCUUUUCCUGCCCAACGAACGCAACAGAGUGCCUCCGAGCGGACACCAACCAUACACAUGCACGCAUCAUCAGCGGGAUAAGGGUACGCGUUCCGUCAACAUUCUUCCCCCCACCCCGGUCGUGCGUCCUACCACUCCUGGUCCCCGGCAUCGUCCACGAACCCCAUGCAGCCGUAAUUGUUUUGAUGGAAGGAAAUCGAGCGACAAAUCGCGUCCAGUUCGAUACCCGCGGUGGAAUGCAUUAAGUUCGCGUGAUGUGUGGCAGUUUGCAGUUGUGAUUAUUUGAUUUGUAGAAGAAAAAAACGGAACAUCUAAAGAAAAAAAUUGGAACACAAUUUCCUUCUCCUGUGUGAUAUGGUCUCCGCGCUCAAGAAGUGACCGCCGUCGUGUGUUUUGUCCCAUCGAUACACCUUUCGUGCUUGUGGUUGUGUGCGUGCGUGUGCGAAGCAAUCGUCGGUGAAGAAGAAGUGUGUAGGAUUUGUCAAACGCGCAUCAUUUGCUCUCGCCCGCAACAUUUGACGAAAUCAUAAAAAAAAUAUAUAUCCCGGAAAAUCCGGCAAUCUCUCCAGCGGCCGAAUAAUCGAAGGAUGCAAUUAUUCUCACCCGAGUGCCACCGAACAGUGGCCGAAGAUCGAUAUAGAACACAUGAAAUGAUCGAUGCGGCACGUGGUGUUGGCCUGGACUGAUAGCUGAACAGUGACGAAAAAAAGUACAGAACCUCAUUACACCGAAGAAAAAUGAUCGGACGUUGGUCCAAGGAAGCGCUCGUUGUCAAUGGAUACUGGUUCGACAUACGGUCACACUGGUGCUAUCCGGGAAAGGACUGAACAGUUGGAAACAAGGUGAAAAUAGGAUGUGAAGUUCGUAAGAGCAACAAAAAAAAUCAUCGGAAGCAAAAUAUGAGCAAUAUUUUAGAUAAUAACGUAACGUGUGGUAAACAGUCAACAACGUAUUAUUAGCAUUAGACAGUAGUGUUGUGUCGCGUUGAUUAGUCGGUGAGGUCUAUGUACGCGGGUAUCUUGGCACCGAAGAAAAAUACAUGUAGGAAAGAGAUUAAGAACAGCACAAAAUGCCGUGUUCUGUGCGGGAAGAAAAUAUGAUCAAGUGAGCGACGUGUUUAUUGAACGAUUAGGCAACGUGUGAACGUAUCGAUCGAAAAGACUAUGCGUGUAAAUUACGAUGAAGCAGCAGCGUGUGAUAAAUGGUCUCCCGUUACGGUGGGUUUGUGGUGCUUAAAUCCGCAAAGAAAAGUGCUAACAAGCGCGUGGACAUAGAUACCGGUUAAGCGCAUUCGUGUGAACAAAAUCGUGGACACACAUCCAUUUCACCAAAGCGGCGCACCACUGACGAAGCGCAGCACGUGGGACCUGUUUAGCUGUUUAGUAGCAGUAGUAGUAGUAGUAUGACACACAAUCUGGGCAUGGCGUCUUAUCGGCUACCAGGACCCGGACUAUGUCCACCAGAUUUCAAAUCGCCCUCGGAAUCCCCCCAGCUGCCGAUAUCUGCACCGAGCAAUCCGAAAAAGCGAAGGAAAACGUCCAACGUCGUGAACUCGAAUGCGGUCACGUCGCAACCGACGCCGACACCAUCGCCCCAGGACCUGCUACCACCGCCACCGACCGGUUACGGUGACACGAUAGUGGCAUCGAACCCGUUCGAUGAUACGCCACCGCCAACACCUGCCUCGCACAUGGGCCAUAUGGGUCAUCCGCACGGUGGCGGUCACGGACCAGGGCCCGGUAUGAUGGGUCACCUUGGUGGCGGUGCCAUGGGACACGGUGGUCCGAUGGGUCCGAUGAACCAUAUGGGACCGAUGCACGGCGGAGCGCACCAUAUGGGUCCGGGCCCGAUGGGAGGUCAUCCGCAUGGGCCUCCGCACGGCGGACCGAUGGGUGGACCGGGCGGACCGCACGGCGGUGGUAUGGGACCACACGGUAUGGGACCUCACGGUAUGGGACCACACGGGCCGGGCCAUGGUUCGCCACAUCCGGGCAUGGGCCCGGGAGGACCACCGCACGGACCGCCCGGUAUGGGCGGGCCUGGACCGGGUGGACCACAAGGACCGCCGAUGAGGGGCAUGAGCCCGAUGGGUAUGGGCAGCCCAAUGGGUCACCAUCAUCCCGGCAUGCACAUGAACUCCGGGAUGGGCCAGAUGGGUGGCAUGCCGCACGGGAUGCAGCGCGGUGGCAUGAGUCCGAUGGGUCCGAACAUGGGCCCGGGAGCGCAGAUGGGUGGCCUUAGUCCGAUGGGUGGUGCCAUGAACCAGAGCAUGUCGCCGAUGGGUCCGAUGGGAGGUAUGUCUCCGAUGAGCCAACAGCAGCAACAGCAGCAGCAGAUGAACAGCAAAUCCGUGGGAAGUCCACUGAGUGCCGGCAACAUCGGUAGCCCAAUGAACUCCGUGCCCGGUAUGGGUUCGCCGCAUGCCGCCGGCGGGGGCGGCAUGUUGGGCAGCCCGAUGAACACUAGCGGCGGUCACAUGAACAAUGGCCCGAUGGGGCCACCAAUGAACAGCCCGCUCGGAAAUGGCCCACCGAACCAUGUGCCACUCGGGCCCAACUCGGCCGGCCACAGUCAAACGCCGCAACCGGUGUCCGCCGCGAACGUGACCGUCGUUGGCCAGACGUCACCAAACGUGGUGAUGAGUGGUGGACCGGGCGGUAACAAUGCGGUCGGCAUGAACAGUAGUAAUAGUAGGAUGAACUUACCGAAUGGUGCAAUGACAAAUCAGCAAUCAGGGAACUUAAAUCAAUUACCUCAUCAACUCGGACCCAUGGGUGCGAAUCAACAGCAGCAGCAGCAGGGCGGUGGUCCACAAGGACCGCAGGGUGGCCCGCAACAGAACAGUAGUCAAGGUCCGAGCAAUCAACCCGGUGGCAACCAGGGGCCGUCGUCUCAGGGUGGCCCACCGGGCAGUCAGUCAUCACAACAGUCACAACCGCUACAGCCUCAUCCACCGCCACACGGCCAGCAUCAGCAACUGCCACUACCCCAACAGUCACCUCAUGCUCAACACAAUCCUGGUGGCCCCGGCAGUGGAGGCCCGGGUCCCGGUCCUGGCCAGCAACAGCAGCAGCAGCAGAUGAACCAAAUGGUUGGCCCGGGCGGUGUUCCUCCGAUGGGUAACAGCAUGGGUGGACCCAUGGGCGGUGGAGGAAUGAUGGGCCCCGGUGGUCCCGGUGGAGGUCCGGCAAAUUCAAUGGGUGGCAUGAAUCAUCAUGCACAUCACCAUCAUCAUCACGCGGGCAAUCAUCAACAGGCUGGCGGCAAUCCGCACAUGGGCUCGGGUAUGGGCGCCAACAACAUGCACCAUCAUAUGGGUGGUGGCGGAGGAGGAGGAGGUGGUGGAGGAGGUAUAAUGCCACCGCACGCGAAUAUGCCACCGGGUGCGGGUGGCGGACACAGGCCACCAAUGCAUGGCGGCGGAAUGGGUGGCAGUGGGCCAGGUGGUAUGGGCCCGGGUGGUAUGAUGGGUGGACCACCGAUGGGAGGACCGAUGGGAGGUGGCCAUAUGGGUGGAGGAGGAAUGGGCGGUGGUGGAAUGGUCGGUGGCAGUCCGAUGCAAUCGCCGCACAUGAUGGGGGGCGGUGGCGGACCGGGCGGUCCGAUGGGAGGUGGACCAAUGGGCGGUGGACCAAUGGGUGGACCGAUGGGUGGACUAGGGCCACCGGGAAACGGUCCGAACGGGCCAAACCAUCAUCACCAUAUGGGUAUGUUUGGCCCGAAGCCGAUGCCCGUGACGUCCGGCAAACUGUACCCACCCGACCAGUCGAAGGUAUUCAACCCGCAGAACCCAAACGCCCCGCCAAUCUACCCCUGUGGAGGAUGCCAUAAAGAAGUGCACGAUAAUGAUCAGGGUAUCCUUUGUGAAUCGGGAUGCAAUUUUUGGUUUCAUCGAACGUGCAGUGGACUGACGGAGGCGGCCUUCAACCUAAUACAUGCGGAAGUGUACGCCGAAUGGUGCUGCGACAAGUGUCUCAACUCCAAAAACAUACCGCUGGUAAAGUUUAAACCGUAGUAGAAGCGAGCCCGUAGCUCGACCGGACGCUGCACCACACAGCGGAGGGCCUGAGCCACGUCAACUCUACUGCACAGCCACUAUACAACACUUCAGUUGUUGCUGCAAACAGCGAGCAAACAAGCGCGUCCCCGCUCCAUUGUUGUUGGUGGGCCAUUUGCUUUUGAAAAGCAAAAUUUUAGUGUGCGCGUGUGUGUGUGGGAUGGGGUGCGUAACGGGGUAGGAGUGUACGGCGAACGAAGUGGAGUGGAUUGGCAUGAGGAUGUGUGGGUAUAGGCUGAGUGUGCUAUCUUUAAAGACUGGACCUUAAAGGCGUUAGGAGUUCGGAGGCGAAGUUAAGGAAGGAAUUCAGAUCCAUUUAGGAGAUCAGCCCAAUUGAUUUUUGCAUUGACGAUUCAUAUGUUUUUUUGUGAGAUUUCUGUAGAUAUUACUUGAUGAAGUUUUACUGUGAAACCUCGAUUUUCAUUAGUUGACGAUGAUCAUGAUGAUCGACGAUCGAGGCUAAGAGUUAAUUUGAAUGAUAAGGUAAGGAGAGAACGAUCGUUAGCAGUUUGUUUUUGCUAUUCGCUUGAUAGCAAUUGAAGAUGCCCUUUGUGUGCUUGUCCUUUGGUUUUGUUUUUGUUUCGUCCUCGUUUCGUUUGAUUGAAUCAUCCGUGUAAGAAUGGUUCUUUCAGAUGAGAAUACUGUUCUCUACAAUUGCUGCUGAAUACGCAUGGCCAUAUGCUCCUAUAGAUGGCUUGAAGGAUACACUUGCCCACACAACACAUACAUCCUCCCCAAUUCAAUGUUACAACCCGUUAGGUCGCGUUAUAGCUCCUUUAGCUUUGAGUGAGAUUGACAAUUGUACAGAUAAACAAAAAACAAACAAACAAAACAAAACACACAGAACAGGAUGGAUAAGACAAUUUAAAACAGACACAAACACGAAUCGAAUCACAACGAUAGUAGCCCACCCAUGCUCCCACAGGCGUGCAUUUGGAUUGUGUUGCGUGUUACCGGAAAGUGUACAGAGAAAGAAGUAAGGAAAAAAAUAUUGUAUUAGGUAUAUAAAUCGUGGGCGAACCUCCGGGCUUUAGUUGAAACAAAACCGCUAGCCAAGAGAUUUACGUAGUAAAGAAAGAUAGAGAGAGCGAGAGAGAGAGAGAGAAAAAACGGAUGAAAAAGAGGGACGCGUGCUUGUGUGUAAAAGUAAUAAAUGAAAUCAAAAAUGGCCUUCUCAAA